AUGGCCCAAUACGCAACCUAUCCGUCCCUCAAGAACAAACGCGUCGUCGUGACCGGCGGCGCAGAAGGAAUCGGCGGCUCAGCAGUCGAAGCAUUCGCCCAUCAAGGCUCGCAAGUCAUAAUUUUGGACAUCUCAGAAAGCUCCGCCAACAAACUCAUCUCCAACCUGAAAGAGGCAGGCGUCCAGAAACUCCCAGCAUUCUACCAAUGCGACGUCACAGACUUGGACCGCCUGAAAGCCAUCGCGGACGAUAUCCUCUCCAAAUUCGGCGGCGUAGACUGCCUCAUCAACAACGCAGCCUCAUGCGCAGGAAAAGCCCGAGCCCCAACCGAAGACGUGACGCCCGAGAUCUGGCAAUUCAACAUCGACGUCAACCUCCGUCAUAUCUUUUUCUUGACGCAAUACUUCGCCCCGUCAAUGAAGGAAGCCGGAUCCGGUUCCAUCAUCAAUAUGGGCUCCAUCUCAUGGCGUAUUCCUGCUACGGGUUUGCCGGUGUAUACGCUUAUCAAAGCCGCGAUUCUGGGGCUGACCCGCACUCAUGCUAGGGAGUUGGGACCUUUUGGUGUGAGGGUCAAUAGUGUUAUGCCUGGCAGUAUUGCUACUGAGAGACAGAUUCAGGAGGUGCUGACGGAGAAGUAUAAGCAGGAGACGCUGGAUGCGCAGGCGUUGAAGAGGGUUUUGAAGCCGGAGGAGGUGGCGAGGGUGAUUUUGUUCUUGUCGAGUGAUGAUGCUAGUGCUAUUACGGGAAGUAGUUAUGUUGUCGAUGGGGGUUGGGUUAGUGAUCCUUGA